UUAAUUUAUCAAGGAUUCAAUUUAAAAGGAUAUAUUUUUUUAUUUCACUCGAAAAAAUCACACUCCUAGCCCAAUGUGCAAAGCAAAAUGCAAAAUCAAUCGGCUAAUGGCGAUACCUAUUAGUCGUGCCCACGCACAGAUGAGAAUGUGACCGUACUCCGUCCGGGGGCUACCCGGGCCUCCAAGCAUAUUCAAUUUACUUAGUAUAACUACAUAACUCAUACAUAACUCGAGCAUGUUCACGGUCACUUCGGAGAUCUACAGCGAGACGAACUACCAGCCCACCAAGAGUGCGAGCGACGGCAGUAGAGUGAUCUCCAAGUUCCGCUUCCGCUAUCCGGACGAGAAGCUGGAGAGGAUUACGGCGGAUAGGGAUGGAGACCUUGAGGUGCCAAGGCCGAGACGUGGCGUAAUCGAAUUGGAACAUUCCGAGGCCACCGAGCUCCGGCUGGUGGGUCUGCAGGUGUGGCGUGGUGCCCUGCUCCUGGCCGACUACCUCUUCUUCAAGAGAACCGAGUUCUCCGGGAAGAAUGUGAUGGAACUGGGCGCUGGGGUCGGCCUAACCAGCAUAGCAGCUGGCAUUCACAAUUCUGGGAAAAUCUUCUGCACGGAUGUGGAUCUGGGCUGUAUCCUGAAGCUGAUCCGGGGGAAUGUUCAAAGGAACUCCCAGCUCUGCACUGCCAACAUAUCCGUCCUGGAGUUUGACUUUCUCACCCCGAAAGGGCAGCAGCCCCAGGAGCUACUCAAUGCCAUCGAUUCUAGUGAUGUGGUCCUGGCCGCCGAUGUCAUCUACGACGAUGCCCUCACCGAUGCCUUUAUUUCUGUGGUGGACUUCCUCCUGGAAAGGGGCAAGGCGAACGGACGACCCAAGACCAUAUACAUGGCCCUGGAGAAGCGCUAUGUGUUCACUUUGGAGGAUUGCGAGUCGGUGGCUCCCAUGUACGAGUACCUCGUCCGGCAAAUAGCCAACAAGCCCUGGAAAAUAGAGCACCUCCCGCUGGACUUUCCGCAGUAUUUCGAGUAUGAACGGUGUCCCCAGUUGGUCCUGAUGGAGAUCACAGGGCGUUAAGGGGGUAGCCUUAAGUACUCUACUUAAUUAAAUUAGAAUUAAAUUAGUAAAAUUAGUAAAAAUUAAACCCCUUCGUUGAUAUUCGAAA